AUGGUGGUGACCACGAUGGCGGCCGACCCCGGCGAGUCGCUCUACUCGACCUUCGCCUCCAGAUAUGUCCAGACUCCCCUCCCCAGGUCUCUCUCCCUCUCUCUAUCUCUCUCUUUACUGUGUCAUCUCUUUCUCUCUCUACUGUAUCGUCUCUGUAUCUCUAUUGUGUGGAGGGUGGCAGGUUUAAGAUGCCGGAGACGGCGAUACCGAGGGAGGCGGCGUUCCAGAUAAUCAGCGACGAGCUGAUGCUGGACGGGAACCCGAGACUGAACCUGGCAUCGUUCGUGACGACGUGGAUGGAGCCGGAGUGCGACCGCCUCGUCAUGGCCUCCAUCAACAAGAACUACGUCGACAUGGACGAGUACCCCGUUACCACCGAGCUCCAGGUCAGCCCCCAAGCGAGAGAGAGAGAGAGAGAGAGAGAGAGAGAGAGAGAGAGAGAGAGAGAGAGAGAGAGAGAGAGAGGGUUGAUGCGGGUUGUUCAUGUAACAGAACCGCUGCGUGAACAUGAUCGCGCACCUGUUCCACGCGCCGAUCGGGGAGGAGGAGGCGGCGGUGGGCGUGGGGACGGUGGGCUCGUCGGAGGCUAUCAUGUUGGCGGGGCUGGCCUUCAAGACCAAGUGGCAGAAGAAGAGGAAGGCCCAGGGGAAGCCCUUCCACAGCCCCAACAUCGUCACCGGCGCCAACGUCCAGGUAUACAGUACGAAUAAAUACAUAUUAUCCAUCGUCAUGUGUGUGUGCGUGCAUAAAAUAUAUAGGGGAGAAGAGAGAGAGAGAGAGAGAGAGAGAGAGAGAGAGAGAGAGAGAGAGAGAGAGAGAGAGAGAGAGAGAGAGAGAGUCUCUUUUGUUCUUCAGAAAAAAAGGUAUUGUGUUUUGGUGCUAAUUACCCACUACUGGGGGUGUUAGGGCGAGUCAAAGAUGCAUCCUUAUUCCAGGUUAGGCCAAAUGGUCUACCUUAUGUGAAAUGAUGGUUCCUUUCUACCGUUUCACUUGGUAGUGAUGAAACCUGGGCGUAUGCCAAAUGUGUACAUUUUUCAAAAAUGGGUACUUUCUACUGUUUAUUCGGUGGCGACGUCCUGUAGGUCUAAGUCAAACUUGUACAUUUAUCAUAAAUGUGUACUUUCUGCUAUUUAUUCGAUGACAUUGACUGGUAGGUUAAGGCAAAGAUAUACGUUUCCAUAAAUGGGUACUGUCUGCGUUUAUUCGGUGGCAAUGACCGGUAGGUUAAGUCAAAGGUGUACAUUUUUCGAAAAAGGAUACUUUCUCCUGUUUAUUCGGUGAUGACGUCCUGUAGGUUUAAGUCAAACUUGUACAUUUACCAUAAAUGAGUACUUUCUACUGUUUAUUCGGUGGCAACGUCCGAUAGGCGUAAGUCAAACUUGUACAUUCUUCAAAGUUGGGUACUUUCUACUGUUUAUUCGAUGGCAACGUUCGCUAAGUGUAAGUCAAAGGUGUACAAUUUUAAAAAAUGGGUACUUCCUUUGUAGUACAGUGGUAACAUCAGGUGGGUGUAAGUCAAAGGCGUAUAUUCUUCAAAAAUGGGUAAUGAACUAGGUAAAUGCUUCUCUCUCUACUGCUUAUUAUCUAAUAAGUCGGAGGUGGGUAAUUAACUAGCAGUGGCAGCAGUUGGGUAGGUCAAACCUGUGCAAUUAAUAGAAAAGGCACGUUUUCCUUUUGGAUGUUAAUUAGUUACCUACUGCCUUGGGGUGGGUAGGUCUGCUGGGAGAAGUUCGCUCGGUACUUCGAGGUAGAGCUGAAGGAGGUGAAGUUGCGGGACGAUUUCUACGUGAUGGACCCGGUUAAGGCGGUGGAGAUGGUGGAUGAGAACACCAUAUGCGUCGCAACCAUCCUCGGGUCAACCCUCACUGGAGAGUUCGAGGACGUCCGCCUCCUCAACCAGCUCCUCUCCGACAAGAACAAGGAGACCGGGUAAGCGGCCGCGCUUUCAAUCCCAUCACAAUUUUUAUUUCUCGUGUUACUCUCUUUUCUUGGGUUUCUUCUCCUCUUUUGCCCUCUGUAUAAUGUGUGUGUGUGUGUGUGUGUGUGUGAGAGAGAGAGAGAGAGAGAGAGAGAGAGAGAGAGAGAGUCUCUCUACCUCGCUCGCCUUCUCUGAUGCACGAAAACAGGAAGGCGAGGUGUUCCCUCGAAAUGCGGACAUUUAAGACCCAGUUUUUUGGAAAGUCAAAGCGUUGAAUCCGACAUUCACUUGGUGUCGGCGGCGCAGGUGGGACACGCCCAUCCACGUUGAUGCGGCCAGCGGUGGCUUCAUUGCCCCCUUCAUAUAUCCGGAGCUGGAGUGGGACUUCCGGUUGCCACUGGUGAAGAGCAUCAACGUCAGCGGCCACAAGUACGGACUGGUCUACGCCGGCGUGGGCUGGGCGAUUUGGAGGAGCAAAGAGGACCUGCCGGAGGAGCUCAUCUUCCAUAUCAACUAUCUGGGCUCCGACCAGCCCACCUUCACCCUCAAUUUCUCUCGAGGUAGCGGAUUCUAGCGCUGACCCCCCAGAUUUUUCCAUUUUUGCCAUCUGGGUUUGGAAGAAGACGGCGCCAUUGGACUCCUGAUCUCUUUGAAGUUCUGAUUUUUUAUGCAAGGCUCGAGCCAGAUAAUCGCUCAGUACUAUCAGUUCAUACGGCUGGGGUUCGAGGUAACUUCCCCGCCUCCUGCCUUCUUCUUCCUCUCUCUGAUAAGGCUUAUCCCCUUCUUCUUCCCCCUCCUACAAAUUGCUUCCAGGAAUCCCAAAGAUUUCCUGUGUUCUUCAUCUUCUUCUUAUUCCUCACCAACCUCCCCUUCUACCCAGUCAAAGUUCCCGACGAUUCCUCACCUCUCUCUCUCUCUCUCUCUCCCUCUCACGCCCUAACACACCUUCUUCCUCUUCUUUUUCUUCGUCUUCGUCUUCUUCUUCUUCUUGUUCUUCGUCUUCUUCCUGUUCUUUGUCUUCUUCUUCUUGUUCUUCGUCUUCUUCCUGUUCUUUGUCUUCUUCUUCUUGUUCUUCGUCUUCUUCUUUUUCUUUGUCUUCUUGUUCUUGUUCUUCGUCUUCUUCUUCUUCCGUCUCUUCCUCUGACAAGAAAAGCGCAAGGCUUAUCCCCUUCUUUAUCCCCCUCCUACAAGAUUCCUUCGAGGUUCCUUGUAUUCUUCUUUUGCUUCUUCUUCUUCCUCACCAAUCUCUCCUUCUACCUACUCAAACCUCCCCAUGAUUCCUCAUCAUCUCUCUCUCUCUCGUCCUAACACACGUUCUUCUUCUUCUUCUUCUUCCUCCUCUUCGUCUUCUUCUUCUUCAGGGUUACAGGAACGUCAUAGAGAACUGCAUGAAGAACACGAGGGCCCUGAGGGACGGCAUAGCGGGGACGGGAAGAUUCACCAUCCUCUCCAAGGAUGUGGGCGUUCCGGUGGUGGCCUUCUCCCUCGUCGACGCCGGCAAGUACACCGUCUUCGACGUCUCCGAGAGCCUCCGCCGCUUCGGCUGGAUCGUCCCUGCCUACACCAUGCCGCCGGCCGCCGGCCACAUAGCCGUCCUCCGUGUUGUCAUCAGAGAAGACUUCAGCCGGGGCCUCGCAGAGCGCCUCGUCUCCCACCUCUGCAAGGUGCUGGCGGAGCUCGACGCCCUCCCCGGCCGCACGGCGGCGGCCGCUCAUCUCGCCGCCGCCGACGCCGGCAAGGCGGCGGCGGAGGAGGAGGAGAUCGCGACGUUCUGGAGGAGGUUGGCCGACCGUAGGAAGACCAGCGGCGUCUGCUAG